AUGAAUAAAACAUCAACAGAGAAUGUUAAAUCAAUACCAAAAACUCUAGUAGUAAAAAAGGACAAAAAAGUUUCAAACUUAAGCCAACGAUUCUAUAAUAGUGAAUGCAUUGGUGAAGAAAGUAUUGUAGAGAUUGCAUCUGAAAUUCAUUCCAAAGAAUCAAGAGAUAUCCAAGAAAAAGACCUCGAAAACAACUUAUCUCAAGACUUAUCAGCGGUAUUAGUUGAAAGAAAAGAUGUUAGGAAGCACAAAAAGUACCAAAAAAAGUUGUCACAUAAGUUUACUAAUUGA